AUGACUAUGAUGACGGCUACUGCAGCAUCGCCGCGGCCUCGACGGACCGUUGUAGUCGGAGUGCCUCGUCCCACGGCCGCAGUGGCGGUGCUGGCCGCGGUCGUGGUGGCCGCGGCCGGUGGCGGUGGAGUGUACGCGAAGCUCACGUCCACCAGACCGGCCGCCUGUACACUUUCCGAAUUCGCUUGCUCUUCCUCGUCGUCCACCGCCGACGAAGACGACGACGACGCCAACACAGCCGCCGCUGCCGUACGCUGCGUGCAGUCCAUCAAGUACUGCGACGGCCGGCGCGACUGUCCGGACGGAUCCGACGAACCGCACUACUGCACUCGUGAGUUUAACAAACAGCUUACAACAAUUUAUUUUUUUAUUAAAUGUCACUCGAUCCCCCCUAACAUCAGGUUGAGGGACUUAAUAUAA